UCAGACUGGUGGAGGGUUCUGCACCAGUUCAGCCAUGGGCUGGGUGCUCUGGGGGGUCUUGCUCACCUGGGUGCCCACGGCUUGGGUGAGAGGCGCCGAGCAGUCCCAGGGGCUCUCCCCCUCUUCGGGGUUUCUGGAGUGCAGGAAGACCCUGAAUCUCUCGCGUCUGGAGGUCCUGCCGGGGGGGGGCUGGGAUAACCUCAGAAAUUUGGAUAUGGGCAGAGUCAUCAACCUGGGCUACUCGCUAUGUAAGACCACAGAAGACGGAUCUUAUAUCAUCCCAGACGAGAUCUUCACUAUCCCUCUCAAGCAGAGCAACCUGGACAUCCACUCUGAGAUCAUCGAGUCCUGGAAAGAUUAUCGGAGCCUCACCUCUGCCUCCAUCAACCUGGAACUGUCCCUCUUCUCCUCCAUCAACGGCAAGUUCUCCUACGACUUCUGCCGGACCAAGACCCACCACGUGAAGGACCGCGCCGUGACCACCCGAGUGCAGGUCAGGAACCUGGUUUACACCGCCAAGGUCGACCCGGGGGCAGCCCUGGACCCGAGCUUCAAGAAGCAGCUGCUGACCAUCGCCAGCCACCUGGAGAACAACCAGACACGCAUGGCUGACUUCCUGGCCGAGGUGCUGGUGCUCGACUACGGCACCCACGCCAUCACCUCCGUGGACGCCGGAGCCAGCCUGGUGCAGGAGGAUCAGAUCAAGGCGACCUUCCUGCAGGACAGCUGGGGCACGCGGAGCGCGGUCACCGCCUCGGCCGGCGCGGCCUUCCACAGUAUCGUCAGCACGGAAACCCAGGAGACCCUGGAUGUCAGCUCUGGCUUCACCAAGCAGUACCUGCAGAACCGCACCCACUCCAGGGUGGAGAGCGUUGGUGGGACCCCCUUUUACCCAGGCAUCACCCUCAAGACCUGGCAGGAGAGGAUUCAAAACCAGCUGGUGGCUCUCGACCGCUCGGGGCUGCCCCUGUACUACUUCAUCCAGCCCAGCGUGCUGCCGGAGCUGCCCACCCCCACGGUGAGGAGGCUGGCCCGGCGGGUGGAGAUGGCCAUCCGCCGCUACUACACCUUCAACACCUACCCGGGCUGCACCGACGCCUCCUCACCCAACUUCAACUUCCACGCCAACACCGACGACGGUUCCUGCAAGGGCGCCGUGGCCAACUUCACCUUCGGGGGAGUCUUCCAGGAGUGCAUGGGGCUGUCCGGCCCCGACACCGGUGCCCUGUGCCAGGGGCUGGAGCAGAGGAACCCACUCACUGGGGCGUUCUCCUGCCCUGCCCCCUACACUCCGGUGCUGCUGGGCAUGCAGGAGCGGGAGGAGGGCCACAGCCACCUGGAGUGCCACAACAAGUGUGUCCUGGGCAUCUUCUGCCACCGCAAGUGCCAGGAUGUCUUCUGGCUCUCCCGGGUGCAGUUCAGCGCCUACUGGUGCGCCGCCAAUGGGACGGUGGCCCUGAGCUCGGGAUACCUCUUUGGGGGGCUGUUCAGCACCCACGGCACCAACCCCAUCACCGGUGCCCAGUCCUGUCCCUCGGGGUACUUCCCCCUGCAGCUCUUUGGCGAGCUCAGAGUGUGCGUGAGCCAGGAUUACGAGGCGGGGGCCCAGUAUGCGGUGCCCUUCGGGGGCUUCUUCAGCUGCCAGGCGGGGAACCCCUUGGCCGGGCGGCACUGGGGCACCGCCGAGGACCCCCACGCCAAGGGCUGUCCCCCGGGAUUCAGCCAGCACCUGGCACUCAUCAGCGACAGUUGCCAGGUGGAAUUCUGCGUCCAGGCCGGGCUCUUCACGGGGGGCUCGCUGCCGCCCGCCCACCUGCCCCCCUUCACCCGGCCCCCCGCCAACUUGCCAGCCGUCGACACCGUGCUGGUGCGGGACGGGGACAGCACCUGGGUGAGGGAUGGGCAGAGCCACGUGUGGCGGCUGGCGCGGCCCGAGGAGAUCCGGCACGCGGCGCAGAUGGUGGGGGAGCAGGGGCUGACAGGGGGCCAGGUGGCCGGUGUCACCGUGGCCGUCCUGGCCGGCUUGGCCACCGUCCUGGCAACGGCCUGGUACGGCCACCGGAGGUACAGGGCACGGGGGUACCGUGCCCUGGGCACGGGGGAUGAUGGCGCGGCCCCCGCCGGCCCCCCGGACAGCACCGUGCUGAGCGUGGGCGAGGGCUACCAGCAAGAGCCCCAGGGGCUGGCGGCCUGAGUGCCCCCUGCCUGGAUUGCGUGCCCAAAACUUGGGCAAAGCCCCCCCCGCUCCGCCCUGCGGGGAAGGAGGGAGCGGAGGGGCAGCCCAGCUCAGUAUAUCUAUCGGGAUAGAUAUACACACGCGUGCACAGAGCCACGGAGCAGUUUUAUUUCAGCCAGCAACCGACUGUGUAGUCAACAGAGCAUU